GAUACAACCGGAAACCUUCGGAACAGCAAGUUAUUAGGUAAAAUUCGACAAAUCGGCAGCAAAUAUGCUGAAAAUAACCUUCUUAUCGAGAUUACCACAGCUGGCGGUGGGAUGCUCUAGGUCUUUGCACACCAGCAACAAUCUACUUUUCCGGUGCACGCCGGUACUGUGUGCCGAACCGCUGAAGAAGAAGAAAAAACUAGACCCACAGAUCAUCAAACAGCGUGAAGAACGCAGAAGGAAAAAGUUGGAAAAACAGAUCCGCCGGCUAGAGAAAAACGCACGUCAGCUGAAACCGAUCGAAGAGCUGGAAGUUCCGAUGGAGCUGAUUGACGAGCAGAGCAAGCGGAAGCGCGAUAAUCCCAAAACGACCCCACAAGUGGUCGAGAGUCGAGCCUUGCUGGAGAAGCAGUGGUCAAAGUACAAAAUGGAAGAGAAACUGAACGACUAUCAGCUGUACGAUCGACUGGUGGCGGCACAAACGAAAGCACUGAACGAGUUGAAACUAGAAUCGGAAGAACUGUACCAGAAGGCGAUACAGGUCGAUCAAGAGCUGGUACCGUACCGGGCCAGUGGUCCAGUGUCCACUCCGCCCAUUAAAGACUACGAACAACCGGACGGUGAAUACAUCGAUGUGUCGCGCAAGUGGGAAUAGCGCGCUAAAUGUACAGUUAGUUAAUAUUAGAUUCAUGAGGUCAAAUAAAAAGUGGCCACCGUAAAGAUGUCGCCAUUAUCGA